AUGUCCUGGCACUGGAUGCACCACUGGUUCUGGCUCGUAUGGAAGGCUUGCCUGCCGAGUAUUGUUGUAUAUUGGCCCCCUUCUCUUAUCUUCCCCGCCCCUCUUGUCCGAAAGACUGCAGAACAAAGAAACCUGCAGGACGCGAACAUGCGGGCGCACCGUGUAGGUGUGCGGCCAAGCGAUAUGGAAGCUGGGUUGGUUCUGGAGAGGCAGUGGUGGCAUUGGGUAGCUGGCAGGCAUUGCCCAGAGCGACAGAGGAGGGGAAAGAGAAACGGGGAUAAAAGACACCUCAACCCCGUCGUGGAGCAGAUGGAGCAGAUGGAGCACCGAUACCUUUGCAUGCAGGCAGACAAGCCUGAUACUGCAAACUCUCUCUCCACACCCUCUUUUCACACCCCUUCGUACCGUCGUUUACGCAAUAUCGCCCACAGGAUUAUCCACCAGCCCCACAGCCGUGGAGGCCAUGCAGCAGAGGAGAUUGUCAAGAUGUGUUGA